UUACCCCUGGCAGCGUGGAGGAGGCGGAGGAGGCAGAGCCUGACGAGGAGUUCAAAGAUGCUAUUGAGGAGAACCAGCUGCUGGUCAUGGAGGAUGACGAAAGCUCUCAGUGUUCAGCAGAUUUUGACCUCAGCCUCCCGGACAAUGGUUUUAUGAGCAAAAAUGAGGUCAUCCGCAGCAAGGUGUCGCGCCUGACGGAGCGCCUGCGCAAGCGCUACCCCAGCAACAACUUUGGGAGCUGCACGGGCUGCGCAGCCACCUUCUCUGUGCUCAAGAAGAGGCGGAGCUGCAGUAAUUGUGGGAACAGCUUCUGCUCCAGGUGUUGCUCCUUCAAGGUCCCCAAGGCUGUGAUGGGAGCCACGGCCCCGGAGGCUCAGAGGGAGACGGUGUUCGUGUGUGCUCUGUGCAACCAGGUGCUCACCAAAUGACUGAGAGAGGCCCAGCCAGCUCCUGGGGCCUGCACCGCCUGACGCCGGGACAGCGGGUGCCCUGCCCUUGCUGGAUGGCAGCCUGGGCUGCUUGUUUCCUGGUGUGGUGUCACCCUGCCAGAGGACACCUCUGCUCACCGCUGCUCCUGCCAGCGCUCGGCUGGGGCAGAGCAGCCCUUGCCCUGCAGCAUCUGCUGCACAGCUGGGUCCCUGCGGUGGAGCGUGACCCACAGCUGUGCCCCCGUCCCUGCAGCUGCUCCCUGGCACUCGCUGUGCCCUGCCACAUACUUCCCCAGGCCCUGUGGUCUGGCUCAGUGAUGGAGGAGCCAUCCUUCCUACCUGUGGUCCUACCUCCACCUCCUGGGUGGGGCAGAACGGCCUCGGAGCUCUGUCCCUGUGUUUCCCAGCGCUGCGCUAGGUGACUGUAUUUUUGGGAUCAAGUCAGAGCUUUACUUGCAUUCCCAGGAGAUGUGGUCUUUGGUCCUGGCUCAGCUGAGACCCCGCUGGUUGCUCCUGUGCUCCUGGGGCACACUGCCUGCAGGCUGAGUCCUUUCCCCUCCGUAUUUGGCUGUAGGGCAGAGGAGGCAGGAGGGUAAGUUUGGGCCGGGCUCUGUGGCCAGAUCUCCAGCUGCAGCCUGAGGAGAGGCACAAACUGGUGCUGCUCCGUGCACUUAGUGACUGCUGCUUUCUAAUACAGAUUAAUAUAUAAGUGUAUAUAGAGAAUGACCAAUAAAUCUCUUGCCCUCA